AUGAUAGCAUAUUUUGUUCAUAAAUAUCAAAGAGGUCCAUUAAGGAUAUAUAACUAAAUCAAUUUGGAAGGCAAAAUUGUUAUUAUAACAGGAGCAAGUGCAGGAAUAGGAAAGGAAACAGCAAAAAGGUUGGCAUGGUAAAAUGCCACAAUUGUUUUUGCAUGUAGGGAUGAAUAAAAAACAAUGAAAGUUAUCAAUGAAAUAAAAUAAGUAACAGGAAAUUCAAAAUUACAUUAUAUGAAUCUUCAGUUGGAUGAUUAUGAUAAUGUGAAAGAAUUUGUUAAAAACUUUAAAAGUAAAUUUGGUGUUUUAGAUAUUCUUAUCAACAAUGCUGGUAUUGCAUAAUGGUGGCAUAAAUAUAAUAAAAAUAAUCAUGAACUAGUUUUUGCCACUAAUUACUUAGGGCAUUUCCUUCUGACCAGACUAUUAAUUGAUUCACUAAGCAAGGAAAGUAGAAUAAUAAUAGUUUCAUCUGUUAUGCAUGAAUUGAUUAGAUCAAAAUUGAAUUUUAAUGAUGUUUUAAAUGGGAAAUAUUUAGAGAAUUAUAAUAAUACUAAAUAUUGUGGGGUUUUAUUAUGUUUGAAGCUAUCCUAAAUGUUAAAGAAUACAAAAGUAGUGGCUCUCCAUCCUGGAGUAAUUAAAACUGAACUUUUAGACAAGGCUGGAAAUACAAUACUGUUGUAAUUAAUUUAAAAGAUCAUGUUUUGGUUUUUUAGACCUAUGACUUUAUCAGUAGAAGAAGGAGCUGAAACUACGGUAUAUUGCACUUUAAUGCCAUACAGAGAACUAUUAACUGGUGGAUAUUAUGAAAAAAACAGAUUAAGUAAGCAUAGCAAGAGCAUUAAGAAAUUGAAUUAAGUUGAGGAAUUAUGGGAAUUCAGCAAUCAAAUAUUAAAGGAAUAUUUAUGA